ACCUCUCGAGUUCCGGGCGGCAGUCUCGUCCGCUGAUAGCAUUUCGUCUCAAAAUAGCAAACAUAUCGUGAGGCGUGCAGGAAAAGAUUGUUUUCGAUCAGUCUGACGCCCUAGAGAAGAAGACAAGUCUCAGGGAGUACAAUCUGUAAACACAGACAUUAAAUGGAAAAGAAUUUACCUGUUCCUUUGGUGUGAGGAGCUUGGAUGAUGCAGUGGGCGAACGGCUUUCUCAUAUAUCAGAGACCUUGAGGCCAGAUCUACCUGCCUAGUGGGACUGGGGUAGUCAAAAAUAAAGAAUGGCAUUCUGGAGUGAGAUAAUGAAACAACAACAGUUCCUUCCUCAGUUCCAGGAAUUAUAUGGAAAACGUUUCCCCAUUGAAGUCAGGCACUAUCUCGCUGAAUGGAUAGAGCAACAACCAUGGAGUUCCAUUAACAUAAACCCUUCCCGUGAAAACCUUGCUCGAAAUUUAUUGGACACUAUGGUGUCUGAAUUGCGGAAAGUAUCAAGUCAUAUGUCCUAUCCAUUAAACUGCAAGCUGAAUGAGUAUGCGGCUUGCUUCAAGAACAUGUUUGAUCAGCAGCCUUUAGAACUCGUGAAUACCAUGAACUGCCUCUUGAUGCAAGAAAAUCAAUUGUUUCAGGAGCUCCAACAGACCAGUGUCACUGUUGGUCUACCUAACUCCUUACCAGCCCAAACUUUUCCAACCACCAACAGUGAAAGGAUGAAGCAAGAAGAUGCACAUGUAUUACAGCAAUUAACUCUAUUGAACGACUUAAUCAAGAACAUUCAGAUGUACCGCAGUGCUGUUCAACAAAUCAAUGAAGCUCUUGAACGUGAGCAGCAACAGCUGUCACAGUGUUACCAGUCUCAGCAGCACCUGCAGCAAGCAAAUAGCCCACUACCAGAGUACACCAAGCAGGAGGAGCGCAUAAACCAGCAGAAGAGCACACGGGACGAUCAUAGAAGGGAGAGAAAUUACAGCAUCUUGGAAGCGGUGCGAUCUCUGGAACAGGUCCAGGGCCUUGUGCUGAAUAUGAUUCAGGACUGGAAACGACGACUUCAGCUGUCAGGAAAUGGUGCCUACUUUGAGGACAACCUGGGGUCACUUCAGGAAUGGUGUGAUAAACUUGCAGAAAUGAACUGUCAGAUUCAGCAAGAACUUGGGCUGAUUAGCACACAGGAAGACGUUGCUAUUGACCAGAUAUCAGGAGUGCCCGAGAAGCUCUCCUCCUUACUCAGUAACUUGGUUAGAAGUGCAUUCCUUGUGGAAAAGCAGCCUCCACAGGUCCUAAAGACUCAGAGCAAGUUUUCAUCAACUGUUCGAUUUCUGCUUGGGGUGAAGCUGAAUGCCCAAACAAAGCCUCCUAUUGUGAAAGCCAUAAUCAUUACAGAGCAACAGGCCAGAGUUAUGAGACAACAUGGCAAUAUACAGAGUGAAAACACAGGAGAAAUCAUGAACAGUACCAGCUUACUGGAAUUUAGUAAUGCUACAAAAACCACCAGUGCCAGCUUCAGGAAUAUGUCCUUAAAGAAAAUAAAACGCUCGGACCGCAGAGGAACUGAGUCAGUGACUGAGGAAAAGUUUGCUGUUCUGUUUUCUUCAGAACUCUGCAUCACGGGCAGUGAAAAGAAAUACCAUGUUCAGGCCUUAUCGCUGCCUAUUGUGGUAAUUGUUCAUGGCAGUCAGGACAACAAUGCUACUGCCACAAUCUUGUGGGACAAUGCAUUCUCUGAGAUUGAACGAUUACCCUUCCAUGUACCAGACAGGGUAUCAUGGUCUCAAAUGUGUGACACCCUCAAUAUGAAAUUUAUGGCAGAAGUGCAAUCAACUCAGGGCUUGUGCAAAGAGCACUUUGUUUUCCUGGCACAGAAGAUAUUUGAUGAGCAGAGUUACAGCAUGGAAGAAUUCACAAACAGGAUGGUUUCUUGGUCUCAGUUUAAUAAGGAAAACCUAACUGGAAGAACAUUCACUUUCUGGCAAUGGUUUGAUGGUGUGAUGGAGCUCACUAAGAAGCACUUGAAGGAUUACUGGAAUAAUGGGUUGAUCCUUGGUUUUGUAAGCAAGCAGUAUGCCCUCAGACUACUUAAUCAGCGGGUGAAUGGGACCUUCCUCCUUCGCUUCAGUGAUUCUGAGAUUGGAGGAAUUACAAUAGCAUGGAUUGAUGAUUCUGAGAAGGGUGGCAGACAAGUGUUCAAUGUUCAGCCUUUCACUACAAAGGAUUUAACCAUUCGAUCGCUGGGAGAUCGUGUCCGAGAUAUUGAACGCCUGCUUUACCUGUAUCCCAGCAGACCCAAAGAUGAAACUUUCAAAAAGUACUACACAAAGGAAGCAAAGGGAAAAGAUGGCUAUCUCCAUGCUGGUGUAAAGACUACGGUCAAUGGUGAACAAACACAAAUGGUGGUGCCAACCAUGCUCCCCUCACCAGUGGCCCAGCCACCUGUUGUGUGUACUACACCUGAUAUCUCAAGAUGGCAACAGAUCCCGUGCAACCCAAGCAACAUCAACUAUGAGAAGGGAGAUGCUCCAGUUGCCCCUCCCAUUGCACUGUCUCCUAAUAUAAUGAUUGCCAUGAACCAGGAUGAAGAAUUUCCAAAUGCAAUUCAAGGAGGUCAUCUUCUUAAUCCAUUUCAAAGUGGAAAUGACAUGGAGAUGAACAACUAUUAUGAAGGAGAUCAUCAGUUUGUAAGAGGUGCUGAAAACCCUCCUGCACCUUCUGAUUUGGAACUGAGUGCACUUCUGAACAUAAACCCGAUGGAUAUUGUAAAUACAACUGAGUUUUGAGAUGUCUGUGAGUUUAGGAACAAUCAUUGUCAAGUGCAAAUUAUACAGGAGCCUUUUUGUUUAAAGGAAGGCUCGUUAUGUCAGUGGUUGAGCUUCAAAUUAAGAUUUCUGUUGAGUCCAUUAUGCAUUUUCCUGUAUAAAUUAGAGGGAGAUUCACUGUUAAGUGCAUUUUAACCAGCAGUUAAUAAGCCAUUUGAUAAACCGCUCAUUGGUGAUCCCCCUUGACCAGGCCAGGUAUGGAGCACAUUCUGAAUUUUAACAGCAUUGCUUUGGGAUGCCAGUGGAGGGCAGGUACUCUUGUUCAAAUCUGUGGCUGGAGCAAAGCAGUUGGCAAGUUUGGGCACCUUGUAUAUUUUAAGUGGAAAGGAAUUUAACAUAAAGUUACUUGGUAUGGAAAAUCUAGUACAUUCAAAUCUGCUUAAGCCAAUAUUUUUAUAAGUCACUUUAAGAAAAAUAUUGGCUAAGUUUAGGCCAGAAUAAAGUGCACCCUUGCUUCCAAUGGUUUGUAACGAUGAGUUAACACAACAUGCUCAGAAAAGUAUCGUUUCCUUGCUAUGAGUUUAACAAGAUGUAUUAAGUUUUAUGUUCAGCUAAUAUAGUCAAGUUGAUGUGCUGUUUUAUAACAUCUAUCAAGCCCACCAGAAUAUCCUACUCCAAUGUCUCCGUUGUUUAGGUAGUUAAAAAAUGCAUCAUUAUAAAUAACACAAAGUGGGAAUUUUACUUCUUGAAUGCAAAUUAUCACAACAAUUCAAAUUAAUUGAAGUAUUAGAAGAAAAACUGUACUAAGUUACUAUCUUGCAUCUGGAACAAUCGUCAUCUAUUGGCAACCACAUAUGGCACAAAGAAGUGUUAUCUCCUAAGUAAAUAGGUAAAGGAUAUCCUAGCGUGCUUACAAUUGAUUGAUAAUAAAUUUGGUCAGUUAAUGUGGAGAAACUGAUGCAAUUGAUGGAGCAAAGAAUAAUGUUUUUGCACAGGAUGUGCUACUGUUCUAUGGUGGCAAUGAAAAUAGUCCUUUAAUAAUUAGUGUUUGUGAUUUUGGUGUCUGCAGGAUGCAAGUGCCAAUGGUUGUCCAGAAGAACUAUUUAUGAUGUGGGGGAACCAGUUAGAAUGACAAUGCGCUAAAUCAAAUUUUCAGUGGACUUGUGUGAGGUUACCAUGUAAUCUUCUUUUGCUUUGCACAUUAUUCAGCAAAUAAAAAUAAAAUUUACACUCUUGGUAGGAAUCAAUGAUAUAGAGAAUAUUUUAAAAUGCCAUAUUGAGGCAGGAACACUUGUAUUGAAGCAUAUUACAAGAAUAUUUUGCCAUUACAAAUUAUAAACCUUGUAUGGAGGUUAAAGAGUUUAUUUGUAGUUAAUAUGGUUUGUAUACAAAUUAAGAAUAUAAUGAAGCAAGAAUAUUAAAUUCCUAGCUCCUUCUAUUUCCCAUUUUACACUCUGCCCUAUCAUGAACUCUAUCUAACCUUUUAAUCUUGUGAGGAGUUGUUCUGUAUAAAUAAUCAUUGAUCCCUACGGGUAUACAUUCGUUUUCACUUUUCCACUAUUCAGUCUUAACUUACUGCCCUCCAAAGAGAACAUUCCCUUCUCCCUCUUCUCUAAGUUAUUUCAGACUAUUCCUAUCCUUAGAAAUCUGCAGAUCGCUGUUUCAGCUUGUGGUAUUACAAUGGCUAAUAGACCAUUGCUUCAGAAUGGCUGCCUGAAAUGAUGUUGUCCAUAGAUGUAAUUCUUAGUUAUAUGAUGUAGUGUCAGUUUUUGUAGUCCACUGUACAUAUUAUUUUAUCAUAUUCCUGAAUAUAUUGGAAUCUCCUGGGGGCUUUAUCCUAUAGUAUAGGGUAUUUUUCCACUUCAAUCGUUGAUGUAUUUAGAUAGUGUUCUGUAUUGGUCAAAAGCAUACUAUCUUGUUUCUCCACUUGCACUUACUAUUUAGGCAGAAAAAUUAUUCUUACAAAGUGACUGCUGAAAACCUUUCCAGCUUGUAAGAAAAAUGAGAAUAAAAGUCCUAGAUUCU